UCUGAUCCGGGGCAUUCAUUGUCUUGUUGCCUGACUACCAGGGUUGUUGUAGCCUCCAUGAUUAUUUUCUGUUUGAGAUAGUACGUGAUUCACAGAUUUCCCAUUCACACAGUGAUAACAAGAUGUCGAAGACACUUUUUGAGACUCGAGUGAACGAGAAAAAGAUCUUUGGAGCAAAAAAGAAGACAGAUGAUGCAUUCACAACAAAAUCCUACAUGAAAAACAAAGUUGAUAAAAUAGGUGCACCCCCAGCAGCAGGAGCAUUUGUAAAGAAAGAUGCCCAACCCACAGCAUUCAGAAAAUUCUAUGAGCGUGGUGAUUUUCCAAUUGCUCUGGAACAUGACACAAAAGGAAACAAAAUUGCAUGGAAGGUUGAAAUUGAAAAACUAGAUUAUCAUCACUAUCUUCCUCUGUUUUUCGAUGGUCUGUGUGAAACGGAGCACCCCUAUGAGUUCUUUGCCAGACAGGGUGUUCACGACAUGCUUGAGCAUGGUGGUUCCAAAAUCUUACCUGUUAUACCUCAGUUAAUCAUUCCAAUUAAAAAUGCAUUAAACAUGAGGCACCCACAGGUUAUGUGCACAACACUAAAAGUUUUACAACAUCUGGUUGUGUCAGCAGACAUGGUUGGGGAAGCUCUUGUGCCUUAUUACAGACAAAUCCUGCCAAUCCUAAACAUUUUCAAGAAUAGAAAUUUGAAUUCAGGAGAUGGAAUUGACUACAGCCAACAGAAAAGGGAAAACAUUGGAGAUCUUAUACAGGAGACAUUAGAAGCAUUCGAACGCCAUGGGGGAGAGGAUGCAUUUAUUAACAUCAAAUACAUGAUUCCAACCUAUGAGUCAUGUAUGCUAAAUUAACUUGUAAUUGUAAACUGUUUUGUGAAUGUGAAUCAUGAUUUUAUCUGGAUAAAAUUAAUAGAACUGGAGUAAAAUUUCUUGGAGGAUAAAGAUUGGGAGGGUAGGGGUAAAGGAACUUUUUAUUGCCCAGAGCAGCAGUCAACCAGUUAGGCAGUGAAAGUGCAGUACCACAAUUAUGGAACUAUUUUUUCCACAUUUUAUUUUUUUAAGAACUGAAAUGCUUGUACUUGUCAUCACAUUCUGGCACAGAAUUGAUUUCGGGUUUGAAUUCAUGACCACCUAUGUUUGAUAACUGGUUUUUGAAGAAAAAAAAGCAAAAGAUCUCUAAUUUUUGUAAACUAUGAAUUUUUGUGAUACAAUUUAAACCAAAUGUAAUGUCAAGUCACUGUCAUAACUUUUAUUGUCAACUGUAGUCAGUGCAAAAAGACUGGGAUUUAAAUAGAUUUUCCCACAAAUACUUUGUAAAUAGUAUGUCAUUUGUCUGUCUGAGAAUCAGAUAUGUGAAGAUGAACACAGAACUGUGAUAAACCCAGAACAUUUGUUUAUUCACUCAGUGAGACUGGUUUUAUAAUUCUCAUCAUUCAUACAAGGGAUAUUCUCAGAUUUCAUUUUUUAACUUAAAUGUGUCCACAGUAUAAAAUUCUGUAUAUACUUACCAAUAUUGUGAUAAAUGCAUCAAUAAAUCUAUUUAUUCAUCAA